ACUGACUCCAAUCCACUUUUUCAGUUUUUUAAAGGUUUUUUAAAGCAGGCAUUAGGGGGACCAGCCCUCUGAGCAAUCCUAUAAAGUUUGAUUGUAAUAGUGGUUAAUAUCAAGUCUAGGUACAAAAAAUUCAACCAAAUAAACAGGGUGUAUUCCACUGCCUCAUUCAUAUGAAGACCAAUCUUGCUGAUCAUUUGAAGAUUUCUUCUUCUUUUUCUGAACUGAAGCUAACUAAGUUGUUAAUGGUGUUUGUUGCCUUGGAUUACAGGUGGUCUCAAGGAGAUCAAAUUGUCAAAUGCAAAGGAUUUGGUAACCAGAGGAUUUGAUGUCGUUCCUGGCCAAAAGCUUUGCCCCUCUUGUACAAUUCGAAUGAAUGAGACAAAGAACGAUCCUAUCCAUGCAGCUGAACCCGAUGAAGCGUUUGAGGAAGAUUUUGAUAAAGAGGUAUCAUGUUCUUCUGGCAAAGAUUCACUAGAUGCAACACUUCAUGAAUUGGAUGUUUCCCCAUUGAAGCUGCACGCUGUUCCAAAGCAUUCAGUUGUUUCUCAUGGGAAGAGAAAGAUUAACCAAGCUCACGAAUCUCUUUUAAAGAAAGUAGCAACAGUGCUUGAUGUUGAUGAAGAGGAUUUAGCGCCAGAUGACACAGAAGAUGCUAAAACUACUGAAAUCAAACUCAAAGUUCAGGAUCUUGAUCACUUAAUACAUCUAAUGCAAGAGAAGUUGAAAGUCGCGAAUAGGCGCCAAAGAAUCCAAAUUUUAACUUUAACUCCAAAUUCUUGGACCCUCAGGAAGGCAGCUCAAGAGUUUAAGGUGUCCAAGGCAACUAUUCAGAAAGCAAGGCUUCUCAAGAAAGAAAAGGGAAUCAUCGCAAUGCCAGACGAAAUAAGAGGUAAAACGUUGAAGAAGGAAAUCAUAGAUUUGGUGAUAUCGUUCUAUUGUGAUGACGAGUUCACGCGACAGCUACCAGGAAAAAAGGACUCAGUCAGCAUCGGGAAAAGACAACAUAUGUCAAAACGCCUUAUUCUAUGCAACAUUCGAGAGCUAUAUACUGCUUUCAGAGAACAGCAGCCUCUUUGCAACAUUGGCUUUUCCAAGUUUGCCAGUCUAAGGCUGAAAUGGUGUGUUCCAGUUGGCCCAAAAGGAACCCAUUCUGUAUGUGUUUGCACAUUACACCAGAACGUUAAACUUUUGUUAGACUCUGCUUAUAUGACAAAUCAAUACAAGGACCUCAUAAAUAUGAUUGUCUGCAACUCAGAUUCAAAACAGUGCAUGAUACACCGGUGCUCUAAGUGUCCUGGAAUCGAUAAUGUCAAAGAAUCUUUGUUGGAAAUAUUUGUAAAUAAAGAAGAACUGUCUUCAGAGGAAAAAGAAAGUGGUGAUGAGUCAGACAGAGAGAACGAAAUUCUGGAAGAAGCAAUCAGUUUUAAACAGUGGAUAACAGCAGAUAGGUCAGAGUUGCUCACCCAAACUGCAUCUGUGGAAGAGUUCAUUGACAUUUUGUGUGGACAACUCGACAACAUAACAACACAUUCUUUUGUCGCUAAGUCACAGGCAAAUUACCUGAGGACUCUUAAGGAAGAGAUCAAGCAGGAAGAGGUAAUAGUACUUGGGGAUUUUUCAGAGAACUUCAAAUUUGUUGUUCAGGACGAAUCUCAAGGUUACCAUUGGAAUCAAAGGCAAUGUACUUUACAUCCAGUGGUAAUCUAUCACAAAUUUACAGAACCAGCUUCACUGGUUUCCGAAUCAAUAUGUUUCCUCUCGGAUGACCUUGACCAUGACGUUAGCAUGGUCUACAAGAUUUUACAAGAAACAGUACAUUUCAUAAAGGAGAAAAUCUCCCCUGGCAUAAAGCUGAUCCAUUAUUUUUCUGAUGGCUGUGCAGGGCAAUACAAGAAUUGUAAGAAUUUCAUGAACCUUUGCCACCAUCAGGAAGAUUUUGGUAUCAAAUGCCAGUGGAACUUUUUUGCCACUAGCCACGGCAAAUCUCCAUGUGAUGGAAUUGGCGGUACGGUGAAAAGGCUUGUGGCAAAAGCAAGUCUCCAACGACCAAUGCAAAACCAAAUUUUGUCAGUCCAUGAAAUGGUUUAUUUUUGCAAAGCUGAUAUCAAGGGUAUUCACUUUGAAUUUCUCUCAAGCAAUGAUAUCAGUAACCUAAGAGAAGAAUUAAAGUCAAGGUUUCAGCUUGCAAGAACAGUUCCUGGCACAAGGGGAUACCAUCAGUUUGUUCCAAUAUCUAUGACUAAAAUUGGAGCAAAGCGAGUUUCAGAAAAUAAAGAGUUCGACUUCACAUUUUCUUUCACUGAUGAGCCUACCAUUAGGAAAGAAAUAUUUUACUCGGGCAGCUUCAUCGUGUGCAGAUAUGAUGAUCAGCUUUGGUUGGGCAUGAUUUCUCAAGCCGAUAAUGAUAAUAGUGAGGUUCUUGUGAGUUUCAUGCAUCCUCACUUCCCAGCACGAUCUUUCUCAUGGCCAAGAAGAGCUGAUACAUGCUGGGUUCCAAUUUCAAAAGUUCUUUGCGUUGUUGAUGCCCCUAUAACAUCAACUGCCUCUGGGCGACAAUAUUGCCUACAGCAAACAACAUUGAAUCAUGUAUCAGAAAUAUUGAAAAGAAGUGAUCCAUUUGCCACUUCAGGACAUAUAUAG